CUUUACAUGAAUUUUCCUACUCACGAGCCACCGUUUUUUCGUUCUUCCUCACGCCCACUUCAGUUCAUGAUAUAACUCUUCAUACUCAACAUUCAUAGGCUACUACAGCACGUAUUCAUAGUACCAGCAAGUGUUAUAAUUCUCUCAAACCAAUUGACGUUUCGAUUACCGUGAUGUCGCACAAGCACGAUACUCGUCCGCAGUCGCAGAACAGCAGACUUCUUGUCACUGGCACAGUGCUCUUCUACCUUGUAGCAGCACUAUGUAUGGUCAUGGCGAAUAAAUGGGUUCUCAAAACGACUGAUGCUCCGCUCUUCUUCCUCUUUACCCAGCUUGUCAUUGCCGUCAUCCUUUUCAUUGCCGCACAUACGACCCGCCUCUUAGUUGUGCCUUUAUAUCUAGACACCCAGCUUUUGAUCCAGCUCGCACCCAACAUUGCGUUGAAUGUUAUUGGAUUGAGCUUCAGCAACUAUACCCUCAAGUAUGUCGACGCAUCUGUCUACCAAGUCGCGCGUGGUCUCGUCCUCCCCUUCACAGUCCUUACCUCUUACUUCUUCCUCUCCGCACGGCCGUCCCUCCGCAUUCUAUUUAGUUGUUCCAUUGUUACCCUCGGCUUCUUUGUUGGCGUCUUUCUCGAUUCUGUCCCCAUGGCUCUCGUUGGUAUUGGCUUCGGCGUUGCAAGUUCCGCAAUCACGGCAGUGCACAGCGUGGUCAUCAAAAAGAGUCUGGAUAUAGUCAAGGGUAGCGCCAUGAAUCUGUCGUGGUAUACGAAUUUGCUUAGUGCGGUUGUGAUGAUGCCCAUCAUUGUAUUUGCCGGUGAGGUCCCGGCCAUCACGGAUUUAUUUUUCGGAGCAGGUGUUGUCCCUCAGGAAGGAGGGCUGAGCGACUUGCAGACGUUCGUUUGGGGCUCCUUUAUCACGGGUGCGCUUGGCUUUAUGAUGAGCCUUGCUAGUCUGCUGUCCAUCAAAGUUACUUCGCCCAUCACACACAUGGUGUCCUCCGCAGUAAGAGGCGUAGCAGCAUCCAUGUUAGGAAUGUGGUUAUUUGCAGAUAUCAUCUCAAGCGGCCGUGCAUCCUCCAUUGCAAUCAUUCUUCUAGGGUCCAUUUACUACACGUGGGUGAAACACGUCGAAUCUCAGCAAACUUCCAAGGAUGCAGGCAGGUACAAUCGUCUUCCUCUGGAAGAUGUUGAGGCCGGAAAGGAGUUCAGCUCGAAACCUGAGUGAGAGUGCGAGAGUGUAGAUUGCCCGCACGCGAAGCACACGCGCAUGGAUGCUUCUAAAAUUAUAUUUCUUACUUCAGGACAGGAC